AACACCGUCGGUGAGAAGAAAUGGGGUUUCUGACGGCGGCGAUUAGGGUUUCGACAUCGGCCUCAAUGCUUCUACGCCGUAAAUCUCGGCAGCUAGGGUUCUCAGCCUCCUCAUCGCCGCUCUUUUCCAGUUUUAAUUCCAUGAAUCGCCCUAUCAGUAGCUCUGGUGAUAUUAUGUGCAAGGUUUUGCAUAAGGAGUCUCUUAAUAGACCAAUGUGGAACGUUAGCUUCUUAAGAUCCUCUUGGUUUCAUUCGACUCCAGCUCGUGAGACAGGUGAUGACAUUAGCAAAUCUGAGAACAGUUCGAGUCAAGAUGGAGUUGUUUCUACUAAAUUAAAGAGGAAGAAGCUCAAAGGUAAGCGGGCGGUUGUGCGGUGGCUUAAGUUUUUCCGGUGGAAGAAAAAGAAAGAGUUUGAAAGAAUGACUGCUGAAGAAAAGAUACUUAACAAACUAACAAAGGCUCGAAAGAAAGAGGAACGACUUAUGGAGACGAUGAAGAAGCUGGAACCUUCAGAGUCGGCGGAAACGACACAUGACCCUGAGAUAUUGACUCCAGAAGAGCAUUUUUAUUAUCUGAAAAUGGGUUUGAAGUGUAAGAAUUACGUUCCGGUGGGGAGACGUGGGAUAUACCAAGGAGUGAUUCUGAACAUGCAUCUUCACUGGAAGAAGCAUCAGACGUUACAGGUUGUGAUCAAAACGUUUACACCUGAUGAAGUGAAGGAGAUUGCUGUUGAGUUAGCGAGGUUGACUGGAGGGAUUGUGCUUGAUGUACAUGAAGGAAAUACGAUAAUUAUGUAUAGAGGGAAGAACUAUGUUCAACCUCCGACUGAAAUCAUGUCGCCGAGGAUUACUCUUCCGAGGAAAAAGGCUUUGGAUAAGUCUAAAUGUAGGGAUGCGCUUCGUGCGGUUAGAAAGUAUAUUCCGAGGCUUGAACAAGAGCUCCAGUUACUUCAAGCGCAAGCUGAAACGAAGCGAGAAUACACAAAUACGAAGGUUGAUGAUACUCAAGAGAGGUCAGAAGAGUUGAAGAAGAUUAUAGAAAGAAGCGAAGAUUCUUUGGAGGAUGAGCAAGAAGAAGAAGAAGCAGGAUCAGAACUAGCAACGGAUUCAGAUCUUUCGGAUAUUUUUGAGACUGAUUCGGAAUUAGAAGACGAGAAAACAGAGCGACCGCUUUUUCUUGAAGAGUUUGAGAAAUUCCCAGCGAUAAACAACAACAGAGAAGACGAAGACUUUGGGAAGGCUAAAUCAGAAGGUGAGGAGAAUGACGAUAAGUCCCCAAACUUUGAUGAAGUAGAUAAGAUGUUUCUUCGGGCAGCUUCGCUUUUAAAGAAGAAAAGACGAUGAAUAAUCAUCAGAGAUUCCAUCAUCUUUGCACAUCUCACAAUUGGUACAAGUGAUGGUGUCAUGUGUUUAACAAAGUCGCAAUUAUAUC